ACCAUUGCAGAAAUAAAUCUAUAUCAUUACACGAAAACUACCAAUAUAAACAAUCUAUACCAUUGCAUAUAUGAAGAAAAUUAUGAACAUUGAGGUUUAAACCAAUACCAUUAGACUUUGAAGAACUACCAGACUAGCAUUGUUAAUACUAAUACACGUGUAAUGAACCAAUACCAAUCUAAAAUGUCACUACCAAACGAAGAUGAAUGAAUAUCAUGUUGUUAUAUAACCAAUACCACUGCACAUCGAAUCAAUACCAUUGCAGGACUACCAUUACACAAAGGACAAACAAUACCAAAUAGUAGUGUACUACCAAAAGAAAAGGCGAUUUUCCUUAACGAAUGUCAUUACCAAUACCAUUGCUUAGUAAAUCAAUACCAUUAUGCAAAUAAAAAAAUUGCAGCCAGUGGAGGAAUACGAUUACAAUUUACAAACCAAUAACAAAUACUAAUUAAAAUUAUAAGAGCUAAUUAUACUGCAACAAAAUGAUCGAAUGAUCACUCGUAUCAAAGCAAGCAAUAAUACAUGGAAAAUAUACCCAACCAAAAAUAGUUCCUCAAUAUCAAAAUUGAAAACGUAAAAAAAAAAAAUCACAAGAACAAAUCAUUUAACGAAGAAUCAAGGAAGAUUAUUCCUAUUAGCAGCAACUUUACAAGAACACAUCAUUCCUCACUAGUCACUAGCACAAACAUAAUCACAAAAAGAAAAAAAAUAACCUGGUGUUGUUGGUAGAGACAUGUUCAAAUAAUUCCAGCUUAUAGAUAGAGAAUCGAUUUCUUUUUGUUAAGAGGGGAAAUUGAGAGUUACGGUUUCUUUGAGGACGGCGUGGGAGGGGUGGUGUGGGGACGGCGGGGGAGGGGAGAAGGCGGGAGGCUGGGGAGAAGAAGAGUUCUUGCCGGGUGGGAGGGGAGAAGAGUGAGGAGGCGGCUGCAAGUUCUUGCAUUAGGGUUUGCAGUAUAAUAUAUAAAAAUAAUUUUUUAAAGAAUAGUAAUCAGGUGUUGUAUUAUUUUCGUUUUCAAAAUUAUCCUUCAUAUAAUUUUCACCGUCAACUUAAAAAUGUCAACUUAAAAAUAGGAUGAAAUAAAUAUAAUUAAGGAUGUAGAUGUUAGUAGCCACAGUGGUUACUCAAAAUUUAAUAACCACUCUAACGCCAUCUGACAUCCUACGGUAUUGAUCAAUCCAACUGGGCCUUUAUGUCUCUACCCAAUCCCGCCUCAAGUGUACUCGGCUUGGCCCAAAAGUGAUGGACUGGGCCUGGCUUCCUUACAUGCCGGUUGGACGAUGAGAGGUGAGACGAAAGAGACGGAUGUAAAAUUAAACUGGUAAGGGAACCGCCGAAGAGUUCGACAACCGGCGAGAAUGGAACCGGAGCAGAAGAAAAGAAAGUUCAAGCCGCCGCCGCACAAGUCGAAGACUGCAGCAUCUUCGGCUGGACCCAAAACGGCAGCAGACGAAGCAGCUAGUAGUAGUAGAGUGGAUCCUUGGAUUGAACAGGGUAAGACCAUGGCAGUGAGCCAGGCUCAGAAAGAUGGGUGCACAGGGAAUUACAGAAUCAUGGAUUCCCCAUUCGGGAACUUCCUCCUACCUGUCCUCCCAACUCGUGCUGAAUUGUUGUCUGGAUGAUUCUUUCUUUCCGUUGUUUCGUGGAUUGGAUCCCACCUUGGUUUUUGAAAUCUAGCUGCAGUUCAGAUAGGUCACAAAUCACAAUCAUAGUUUUCUGCCCAGCAUUCUAAUGAAGCUAUUCAGCCUGAUAAAGGUAAGUAAAAUUGUCUAUAUCGACCAUAGUUGUGUCAGUGUCACACACCAUUUGAAAGAUCAAGCUCCGGUUCUGCAACCAUCCCCUUCAAUUGAAGCCGGAUCAGCUUACUAAGGCUGGUAUUUGCAACUCGUUGCUGCUGCUGCUGCUGCUGCUGCAGGUUAAACAUGCCAUUUUCAGUUCUUCCAUGCGAAGGCAGUAUCUUUUUCGAGAUCUAACUAUUGAACAUGGUUAACAUCUAGCUGCAGUGCAGAUUUGGUUUAUGAAUCCCAUUCACAAAUCACUAGCGUAGUUUUUCUGCCCAGCAUUCUAACGAAUUGAUUCAGCCUGAUAAGGAUAAGUAAAUUUUUUUAAUGUCGACCAUAGUUGUGUCAGUGUCACUCACUAUUUGAAAGAUCAAGCUCCUGUUCUGCAACAAUCCCUUGAAUUGAAGGUUCAUCAGCUUACUAAGGCUGGUAGUUGUGAGUUGUAACUAGUUGUUGUUGCUGCUGCUGCUGCUGCAUGUUAAACAUGUCAUUUUGAGUUCUCCCAUGUGAAGGCAGCAUCAUUUUUCGAGAUAAUCAUUGAACAUGGUCUGCACUCCGAGGUAGGUUGUGAGGGCGAGAAUCCGCCUUCUCUGUAGGUACUUGGGAACUCAUUAUGUUGUGCUGUCUCCUUACCUUGGGCAGCUGCGAAGCAACCCUAGGCAUGUUGAAGUCUUGAUAUGCUUGGUGGCUAGGAGGCAUGUUGGAAUCUUGAUACGCCUGUGCAUAGUGGAGUAUGCUCGGCGUGUGUGCUAUAUAGGCCGACACCAUGGGAAGGGAGUUUCGUCGGAGAUGUAUGCUUGCUCCUCCUGGUCGGAGUAGACGUGGUAUGAGUACUGCAGUCAAGGAAGGAAUGUCCAUUUCCUCUACAGAAGAAGCCUUCUCUCUUUGUUCUUAUGUUUCUUUUGAAGCAGAUCUUGACCUAUUUUCAGCCUGUGUAAGAUUGCUAGCAACAAUUCGAUCUCGACUGAACACUUUCGGUCGCGAUCAAGUGCUGCUGUCCGACGACGAGCUAGUUUUAAUUGGAAAAGGCACGCAUAUCCUUCUAAUAAGACUGUGAUCUUGCAUACCAUUAAUCUCAACAAAUAUUUGAGAGACGUUUGUUCUCACAACGAUAAAGAUUGUGUUAGACGAAAAAUUGCAUGUAGAUAGUGACGAACUCAUAAAAAAUAAGUAUGCACAAGUAGCAAAACUCCACCAUUUGAUGAAAAACCAAGGCAGAACAAAACCGAAAUUUUUUUCUCUUAACUAAAAGAGAAAGAUCCCCGGACGCAACAUCCGCUUCAGUGACAGCAAGACUCCAGCAAAAUGACAGUCUGUUUCCUUGGGUUAUGCACUUAUGCUAGUGGUAUGGUCCAAUAUAUUUAUAUGUCGAUUUUCAACAUUUUAUAUGAGGUUUAUUUUACGAAAAUCUACCUAUAAUCUUUAUCCGUAUUUAAAUAACUUCAUCAUAGACAAAAUGAAAAAUCAUCAUAUUUAAAUGUAACAUUUAGUGUCACCGUCGAAACGUUUAUAAUUGAAUCCAACAUAUAACAUCAAGAUAUAAAAUGUUUAUACUUAGUUUGUUAGUUAAUUCCACUAAAGCAACGCCAUUUUCUUUAGAGACUAUAAAUUGGCCGUUCCGGUUGAUCGCUUUUCUCGCCUUUAACCGUACCGAUUUUGACUAUUGCUUCAUACCAGUGGUAUUUAACCCUGUUGUUUGUUCAAUACCCGUUGAACUCAAUUGUGCCGGUCGACAUGUCAGUGAUUUGACAACUAUGAUUCUGCGUUAAGUAAUUUCCUCUUUUAUAUGUUUCGUCACUUUGUUUCUAAUGAAAAUUAUUGACACUA